CUCCACCCUCAUCAGCAGCAACGAGUUCUCACACGCUUGUACAAGACUGUUAGGAAACAUUUUGGCAUCUUUGUUCGUCGCGCGGCCAACACUGAGGGGUUUAAAACGCAAAACGUUUAAUAUUUUGCUGCAUUUUAUUUUUCCUCUUAAUGGCGACCAUGCAUCUGUUGCGGUCAAUGAGUCUCCUAGAGAUCACUCUGGUGGUUCUGCUGGCUGGCUGUCAACAAUGUCUCUCAACCAACAGUGACACCGCAGCCCCUCCGGAGGUCUUACAGCACAAUGGCACUGUGUAUGCAGUCUGCAAAAUGAGACCCAGCACCUCACUUCCCGAGGGCCUGCCCAAAGUGUAUGGUCAGGCACUGUUUAAGCAGGAUUAUCCUCAUGGAAAUCUCCAAGUUAUGCUCCGGUUCAGCGGAUUCCCAGCGGAGGACACUUCGGAGCCCAGGGCGGUGCACAUCCAUCAGUACGGAGACCUGAGCCAGGGAUGUGACUCAACGGGUGGCCACUACAACCCAUAUGGCGUAGAUCACCCCGGCCACCCCGGAGACUUUGGCAACUUUGUGCCCGAGCAAGGGAGAAUCAGCGCCAUGUUUGAAUCCCAGGCAACACUGUUUGGAGGCCUGUCUGUGAUCGGAAGGGCGGUGGUGAUUCAUGAGAAGAUAGAUGACUUGGGGCUUGGAGGAAACGCUGGGAGCCUGCUGCAUGGAAACGCAGGCCGGAGGCUAGGUUGCUGUGUUAUUGGGAUUACCUCCCCCGGUCUCUGGGGUACAAUGUACUUAAGGCAGCUGAGGAGUAAUUAGCCAAACAAUAGUGGCCAAUACUGUUGCUCAGUUUUAAAGAUAAUUGCCUUGGUGUCUGAUGUCAUGAAACCGAUCAAUUACUCAAUGAAGCCCACCUCCAGUAUUCACACUGUCAGAUGUAUUGUUCUUCAUCUCACAUCAAGAAGAGGUUUACAUUUGUGCUUUCCGUUUAUACAACUAUUAGAUGGGUUGCCAUUUUGAUUGUUUAGUGACCAAAUUCUUGGAAAAAGAAUUAAUCAUUAAUUAAAGUUAGCAUGCAAGCACUUUCUUUUAAAGUUACCACACAUUCAUCACAUAGAAUACGCACAGAGAUGCCUUUAUGUCAUUUUUGUCUGGUGAAUUUAUUGGAUUAUUAUUACCUCUAUUUCUACCACAAAAAAACAGGUUGAAGACAUCAGUGCUGGUAAUACAGAUGUGAUUUCAUUGUGCAACUGUUAAAGUCUAUAAAUGUAUUCUUUACUAUGAACUGCUCAGUGUCAACAUUUCUUUUAUCUAAGCGUGGACAAAAAUACGCAUUGGGCUCGUAAUAUAUUCAUGCAGCAUUUUAAAUAGCUUUGAUAAUCCUACGAUUUUGUCAUUAAAAGUGACUUUUAUAAGGAUGUUUGGUUUUAAACACGAGUGUAGCUUUUAGACAAAAUCUAUUUGGAAGAACUGAAGGAAUGAAUACUUCACCAUGUAAAACGAAUACACACAAGUUAUGCUGUUUUACUGCGUUCGAUGAAUCAAAUAAAGCUCAACCUAAAAUCUC